CGGAGGGCAGCGCGGUAACACUGCAAAGCAAAUGCAGCCAGGUUUUUGUUUAUUAAUCUACGCCUGAAAAUCGCAAGCUUUCGCCUUACAUCCGAGUUCAGCAAAAAGCAAAGUAGAGAGAUAAAGGUUCCCACGUAGGAGCGGGAGAUACUGUUGCAGCUUCUGACGCUGGGAUCGCAGAAACACAGGAGUGUGGGCUGACCGGUUGCGGGUUUGGCGAGGCGGGAGACUUGUGUGCGGAAAGACUGCGAUGCACCGCUUAAGGACUUGUGCGGCUAGGCUGCGGCCCCUCGCGGCCUCUCGGACAGCUCAGAACCCUUCACAGCAGAGGCCUCCGGCCGCCCCAAGGACGUUUCGGCCAAUCAGGUGCUAUACCGCGCCUGUGGCCGCCGAGCCUUUCCUCAAUGGGACGAGCUCCAACUACGUGGAGGAGAUGUACUACGCGUGGCUGGAGAACCCCAAGAGUGUGCAUAAGUCUUGGGACAUUUUCUUCCGCAAUGCAAACGCGGGCGCCCCGCCGGGCAUGGCCUACAUGAGCCCGCCUCCCCUAGGCGAGAGCCUAUCAGGGCUGAGUCAGGUGCAGGCGCUUGUGGGAGCCCAGCCCAGUGUGGAGAAGCUGGUGGAGGACCAUUUGGCUGUGCAGUCCCUCAUCCGCGCGUACCAGAUCCGGGGUCACCAUGUAGCCCAGCUGGACCCUCUGGGGAUCUUGGAUGCCGAUUUGGACUCGUGCGUUCCGACUGAUAUAAUCACAUCUUCAGAUAAGCUCGGCUUCUAUGGGUUGGACGAGUCAGACUUGGACAAGGUGUUUCGUCUCCCCACCACCACCUUCAUCGGGGGCAACGAGAGUGCGCUGCCACUCAGGGAGAUCAUUCGCCGCCUCGAGAUGGCGUACUGCCAGCACAUCGGGGUGGAGUUCAUGUUCAUCAAUGACGUGGACCAGUGUCAGUGGAUCCGGCAGAAGUUCGAGAAGCCUGGAGUAAUGCAGUUUACCCUGGAGGAGAAGAGAACCCUGCUGGCCAGGAUGGUCCGCUCAACCAGGUUCGAGGAGUUCCUGCAGAGGAAGUGGUCCUCUGAGAAGCGCUUCGGCCUGGAGGGGUGCGAGUCGCUGAUCCCCGCGCUCAAGACCAUCAUCGACAAGUCGAGCGAGAACGGUGUGGAGAACAUCAUCAUGGGCAUGCCCCACAGGGGUCGCUUGAAUGUCCUGGCUAACGUGAUCCGCAAGGAGCUGGAGCAGAUCUUCUGCCAGUUCGACUCCAAACUGGAGGCUGCUGAUGAGGGAUCGGGUGAUGUGAAGUACCAUUUGGGAAUGUACCACAGGAGGAUCAACCGCGUCACCGACCGCAACAUCACGUUGUCCCUGAUGGCCAAUCCCUCCCACCUGGAGGCCGUGGACCCCGUGGUGCAGGGCAAGACCAAGGCCGAGCAGUUCUACUGUGGGGAUACCGAUGGCAACAGGGUAAUGUCCAUCCUUCUGCAUGGCGAUGCUGCUUUCGCCGGCCAGGGCAUUGUGUACGAGACGUUCCACCUGAGCGACCUGCCGUCCUACACCACCCAUGGCACCGUGCACGUCGUCGUUAACAACCAGAUCGGCUUCACUACAGACCCCCGCAUGGCACGCUCCUCCCCGUACCCCACCGACGUGGCGCGGGUGGUCAACGCCCCCAUCUUCCACGUCAACGCCGACGACCCCGAGGCCGUGAUGUACGUCUGCAAUGUGGCGGCGGAGUGGAGGGCCACCUUCCACAAGGACGUGGUCGUGGACCUGGUGUGUUACCGGCGGAACGGCCACAACGAGAUGGACGAGCCCAUGUUCACGCAGCCGCUCAUGUACAAGCAGAUCAAGAAGCAGAAGGGCGUGCUGCAGAAGUAUGCCGAGAAGCUGAUCGCCGAGGGCGUCGUGACGCAGCAGGAGUAUGAGGAGGAGGUCUCCAAAUACGAUAAGAUCUGUGAGGAGGCGCAUGAGCGCUCCAAGGAUGAGAAGAUCCUGCACAUCAAGCACUGGCUGGACUCACCCUGGCCUGGCUUCUUCACUCUGGAUGGGCAGCCUAAGAGCAUGAGCUGCCCGUCCACUGGGCUGAAUGAGGAGGUACUGAGUCACAUUGGCCAGAUGGCCUCCUCUGUACCUGUGGAAGAUUUCACUAUACAUGGAGGACUGAGCCGUAUCCUGAAGGGCCGAGGGACGAUGAUCCAGAACCGCACGGUGGACUGGGCGCUGGCGGAGUACAUGGCCUUCGGCUCUCUGCUCAAAGAGGGCAUCCAUGUGCGUCUGAGCGGGCAGGAUGUGGAGAGGGGCACCUUCAGUCAUCGUCACCAUGUGCUCCAUGACCAGAAUGUUGACAAGAGGAUCUGCAUUCCCAUGAACCACAUCUCCCCGAACCAAGCGCCCUACACUGUGUGCAACAGUUCCCUGUCCGAGUAUGGAGUUUUAGGCUUUGAGCUGGGCUUCGCCAUGGCCAGUCCCAACGCGCUGGUGUUGUGGGAGGCCCAGUUCGGGGACUUCCACAACACGGCCCAAUGCAUUAUCGACCAGUUCAUCUCUCCUGGCCAGGCCAAGUGGGUCCGCCAGAACGGCAUCGUGCUGCUGCUGCCUCACGGCAUGGAGGGAAUGGGUCCUGAGCACUCCUCUGCCCGUCCUGAGAGGUUUCUACAGAUGUGCAAUGACGACCCCGAUGUGUUCCCGAAAAUCACAGAAGACUUCGCCAUGCGACAGCUUUAUGACUGCAACUGGAUUGUGGUCAACUGCUCCACGCCAGCCAAUUACUUCCACGUGCUCAGGAGGCAGAUUCUGCAGCCCUUCAGGAAACCUCUCAUCAUUUUCACCCCCAAAUCACUAUUGCGCCAUCCGGAGGCCAAGUCCAGUUUUGACGAGAUGCUGCCAGGUACUCACUUCCAGCGACUGAUCCCAGAUCAGAGCCCUGCGUUGGAGAGUCCAGGCAGGGUAAAGCGUGUUAUCUUAUGCACUGGGAAGGUGUACUACGAGCUCACACGCGAGCGCAAAGCCCGCGGCAUGGAAGACUCGGUUGCCAUCGUGCGCAUUGAGCAGCUGUCUCCUUUCCCCUUUGACCUGGUGAAGACAGAGACAGACAAGUACCCUGAGGCAGACCUGGUGUGGUGCCAGGAGGAGCACAAGAACCAGGGUUACUAUGACUACGUCAAGCCCCGCAUCCGCACCACCAUCGGCUGUACCCGCCCCGUCUGGUACGCCGGUCGUGACCCAGCUGCGGCUCCUGCCACCGGGAACAAACACACACACCUGCUGGAGCUGCAGCGCUUCCUAGAUGCUGCCUUCAACCUGGAUGCCUUCAAGGGCCAGUCCUAGCCCCGCCCCCUCUUUUGCCUCUGGACAUGGGUGGGGGGGGGGCCUGUGCCAUUACCAUUCCCUUAGCCCCCCCCCCCCGAUAACAGUCCUCCGUCCCUCGCAUAUCCAUAGUCACUCUCAGCUCCCAGAUCCUACCCCACCCUUAGCCAGACAGUUGUAGCAGUCAUUAUAGCAAUUGCCUUUAAAUCUAGUCAUCUGCUCCUAAACAAACAGGCAUUCCUCCUUUUCUUCACACUCUCAGCGGCUCCAUUUUCUCCGGGACCAGAGUUUCCGUGCUCGGAUCAGGGCCCUUUGUAUCACAAGCCAAGCAGGGCUCCUGCGUCCCCGUUAGAUUUCAGCGGGUUUCUUCUCGAGGGCGUCUGUACCUCACUGGUGACACUCCAAAGUGGAGUUCAAACCCCAUGUUAAUCAGCACACACCCCUUAAAUUCUGCUCUCUUUCUAGAGAGAAGGACAUGGGAUCCUUUUGGGUUCUUUUGAUUGACUCAGAAAUCAGGGGUGCCGCUGCGGUCUUGUGUCAGCAGCUCGCCUCAUGUCUGGGGUGAGUUCAAGGUGUGAAGUGAAGUCAUGAACCCGCAGACCAAUCGUAGAUGAGUGUGCAUUAUCAUGUGACAAGAAAAGUAGCUGACUGGUGUGUCUCCAGUUAAAACGAGGUCUGAGAGUCAGCGGUAUUGGCUGCAUUGGGGGGCUCUGGGGCUGGAAACCAUCCAGGAUUGCUGUACUUCUAGUCCUGUGUUUCUAGUCCUUGUGCAGCGCUACCUUGGCUGAGUAUUCAUGGAUUGUGACACACUGUGCCCCCAGCCCUGAAUAGUACUGACUAUGCAUUACCAGUUUUUGUUUUUUUCUAACAAUCUUUUUUCUCCAUUUAUAAUAACUGCCCAUUAACAGUACAGGGAAUCUAUAUGAUUGUGAUAUUGUGGCUGCAGGACUCUUGUUAGCCUACUGGAGAACAUGGGUGGAGUUACGUUCCUCCCAGAGUCUUGUGGGGAAGAGAUAUGUCUGAGCUCAAGGGGCAUCACUUCACAGGCCCUCUGCUGUCCAUCCAUGGGACAGGUAUUCUUUGUCACUACGCAACAGUAUUCCAAGUUGCCCUGAUCUCAGGUCAGGGCAGGCUAGUCACAGAAUGUGACAGUCUGCACAGCACUGAUACCUGACCUGUGUUGCUCUGAGGACCUGACUCAGUCCAUUUCCUGCCUACAUGACUGCAAUGAUUCAAAGAGGAAAAAUGCUGUGAUAUCGGUGUCCUGUCCCAUCUCUCUUCAUUCACACUCGUUCAUGCGUUUCCCUGCAUUCCUGCCCUACCGUGCCAAACCAGGAGACUGGACAAAAAGAUGAAGUGAUCUACCUGACAGGAGAAAAUAAACAUUAUAGCAACUAAUUAACUUAUAUUACAAAAAAUGAUAUUGCCAUGUUUUGAUCUCUCUGGAACAAAGUAAUUGAUUUAUUUAUUUUCAUACGGGUGAUUUACAUUUUUCCAUUGUAUUACCUUGCUUUGUUCAAUAAAGACAUUAUGUUGGGAUAGAGAGAUCUUGAGAAGUCAUUGCUGCCUUGCUCCUGUUCAUUUUUACUGUGGUGCCUCAAGUGUCUCUGAGCUGGGUA